GUGCCCUGAAUGCAGGACUGUAAACUGGGAAUCAUUUUGGCGUGGCUGGAUCCACCGGUUUACAAACAAUAACUUCAGAGUGAACUUAUCCCUCGCUCCUGGCUUUGCUUAUCCAGCUUCUUGGAUGUUGCCGCACACUUUUGUUUGCCAGCUGGCGCGUAAGUGAUAGCGUGCAGUUCACAAUACGCAGCCAACAGUACACUGAUCCACAGUAUGUUUCAGUGACAAGAGCCUGAGAGCGAGCUGAUGCACCUGCUUUUUCAACAACUAAACCGCUUCAAUAUGCCGUUUUUCAUCGUUACCAGAUAAAGAACAUGGGUUUUGCAUCGCGCCAUGUCCCUGUGUCGGAUUGAGGUGGACAAUGAAGUUAUGGGAUAGUCUGACCGCUUGUUUGAUUCUGCUCAGCGCCCUGCGCGCCAGCCCGCUGCCCCGGGGCGCACAGCGGUCACCUUUCACCGUAAGGAAGAAAGGGCGCGUCGCCGAGAGUCCACUGGAGCCUCCGCCAGUCCAGAAUCGUAUGUCGGUUACUGCCGGGGGAGUCAGCCAAAGUGAGUCUGUUUGUAGGCAGGGAGGAGAGACUGGCUCCUGGAGAAACAUGUUAGCGCCUGCAGUUUGGCACUGGUGCCAGAAAAACAUAUAUACUCGCAUACGUUUGCAUCAAUUAUUUCUGCUCAAUCUGGACUAUGUGAUUCCUCAAAUACACCAUAGUCUAUAUAUAGACUGUGUGUGUUCAAGACAUAAAUAUUGCAGAGAUUCCAUGGAGGGGCCUGUCCCCACUGACUAUGAAGACAUGGUGGACUUAAUCAAAGUGAGAAUCAGCAGGAUACGGCACUCCUCUGUGUCCACUGUCUCCUCAUCUAUCUCGUUCUCCAUCACCUCCUCCCCCAUCAGAGAAAACUUGAGCAACAGCAGCCUUGUGGGUCUUGGCUAUCGCUCUGGUGAAGAAAUGAUAUUCAGGUACUGCGCUGGGCCCUGCAGGACGUCUGAGACCAACUACGACAAAAUCCUCUACACUCUCACUCAUAACAGGAAGCUGUCUUCCACAGACACGCCCCCUCAGGCCUGCUGUCGGCCAAUAGCGUUUGACGAUGACCUUUCGUUUCUGGACGACAACCUUGUUUACCACACAGUGAAGAGGCACUCUGCCAGGAAGUGUGGCUGCGUGAUUUUUUUCUUAGAUUUUCACAUCCAUGUACGACCUCAGUUCAUCAGUAAAUAAUAGUCUUUUUUUUUUAAAAAAAGAAGAAAAGAUAGCAUCACCUUAGUUUCCGAAAGCUAUGACUUGGAUUUAACCACUUCC